GCCAGCGAAUUGCCCUUAUUACGUUCAUUCAUAGCUUACACUUAAAAAGAGCAGGCGGCUCAAAAACAGUGCGUCUCCUGAAGUCAAAAAAGUAAGCCACGCCGUCCAUACCUCAGGAAGAGCCGUAGAGUGUAAGUGUACGAGUCAGAAUGGCAGAAGCGCAUCAGGCGGUGGCCUUCCAGUUCACCGUCACUCCUGAUGGCAUCGACCUGCACCUGUGUCACGAGGCCCUGCGCCAGAUCUACCUGUCUGGCAUCCACUCCUGGAAGAAGAGGUUCAUCAGGUUCAAGAAUGGUGUCAUGACUGGAGUCUACCCAGGAAGUCCCUCGGGGCUCCUGGUUGUUUUGGUGGGUUAUAUGUCCACCACCAAAUAUGCCAAAAUAGACCCUUCCCUUGGGAUGUUCACCAAACUGUCGAAACACCUACCAAUCAGUAAGUACGUAACGGAAGAAGGCCAGCGUGUUGUUGGCGGUGUGCUGAUUGGGACCGGGUUGUGGAUUGCUGUGACUUUCGUAAUGAGGAACGUCCUCAAGUGCUUGCUGUCCUGGCACGGAUGGAUGUUCAAUCGCCAUGGAUCUCUGAACGUAAAAACUAAAAUCUGGUUGGUGUUGGUGAAGUUAUUUUCGGGGCCGAAGCCAAUGCUGUACAGCUUCCAGAGUUCGCUACCACGGUUACCAGUGCCCCCUGUAAAAGACACAGUUAAAAGAUAUCUCGAGUCAGCUCGUCCUCUGAUGGAUGACGAACAGUACAAACGUAUGGAGGGGUUGGCAAAGGAGUUUGAGAAGAACUUGGGCCCCAGACUGCAAUGGUACCUGAAACUCAAAUCCUGGUGGGCUUCCAAUUAUGUCAGCGACUGGUGGGAGGAGUAUAUUUACCUCAGAGGUCGAGGACCAAUCAUGGUCAACAGCAACUACUAUGCAAUGGACUUCCUCUAUGUGAUCCCCACGACACGUCAAGCCGCCCGUGCUGGUAAUUCCAUCCACUCCAUCAUGAUGUACAGAAGAAAACUCGACCGAGCGCAGAUCAAACCGUUAUACUUGCUGGAGAAGCGAGUGCCGCUGUGCUCGGCGCAGUGGGAGCGGAUGUUUAACACAUCCCGUAUACCCGGGCUAGAUACAGACGUCCUUCAGCACAUGAACGAGAGCAAACACAUCGCCGUGUAUCACAAGGGACGCUUUUACAAAGUCUGGAUGUUUUAUGACGGGCGGCUGCUGCUGCCUCGAGAAAUUGAGCAGCAGAUCGAAAGGAUCUUGGCAGACAAGUCUGAACCUCAGCCAGGAGAAGAGCUGCUGGCCGCAUUAACAGCGGGUGACAGAGUUCCCUGGGCCAAAGCCCGCUCACAGUUCUUCAGUCGAGGGAAGAACAAGCAGUCUCUGGAUGCCGUGGAGAAGGCGGCUUUCUUUGUUACUCUGGAUGACGCCGAACAGCGUUACGAUCCAGAGAAUCCGGUGCAGUCGCUGGACAGCUACGGAAAAUCUCUGCUCCAUGGAAAAUGCUAUGACAGGUGGUUUGACAAGUCUUUCAAUCUGAUUGUGUUCAAGAACGGCACUAUGGGAUUGAAUGCAGAGCACUCCUGGGCCGAUGCGCCCAUCGUGGGCCAUUUGUGGGAGCAAGUCUUGUCGUCGGAUCCAGUGAGACUGGGCUAUGCCGAGGACGGACACUGCCAAGGAAACCCCCAUCCCAACCUGCCGGGACCCCAGAGACUGCAGUGGGACAUCCCAGAGGAGUGCCAGGAAGUGAUCGGCAGCUCUCUGAAAGUGGCCAAAGCUCUGGCGGACGACGUGGACAUGCACAUCAUCCCCUUCAGCGACUUCGGCAAAGGCUUGAUCAAGAAAUGCAAGACUAGUCCCGACGGCUUCAUUCAGAUCGCCCUCCAGCUGGCGCACUUCAGGGAUAAAGGCAAGUUCUGCCUGACGUACGAAGCCUCCAUGACGCGUCUGUUCAGAGAGGGCCGAACCGAGACCGUGCGUUCCUGCACCAUUGAAACCUGUGAUUUCGUCCGUGCCAUGAUGAAUGACAAAGCAACGAGAGAAGAGAGAUUGAAGCUGUUGAAGGUGGCUGCAGAAAAGCACCAGGAUUUGUACAGACUGGCCAUGACAGGGAAUGGCAUCGACCGCCAUCUUUUCUGCCUCUACCUGGUGUCAAAGUACCUCGGGGAGGAUUCGGCUUUCCUCAAAGAGGUGUUGUCCGAGCCCUGGAGAUUGUCCACCAGCCAGACUCCUCUCCAGCAGCUCGAUCUGUUUGAUUUAAAGAAGCACCCAGAAUUGGUCACCAGCGGAGGGGGAUUUGGGCCUGUUGCUGAUGAUGGUUAUGGUGUAUCGUAUAUUAUUCUUGGAGAGGAUCUCAUCAACUUCCACAUAUCCAGCAAACACUCCAGCCCGGAGACCGACUCCCACCGCUUUGGAAGUAACAUCAGACAGGCCAUGUUGGAUAUCCUGUAUCUUUUCCAGCUUGACAACAAAGCUAACAACAAGUGAUCUCUCUCUUCUUGUUUUGUCAUUUAUCAAAAGGGAAAUUAUUUGAAAAUAUUUGAAACAGAAGGCUGAUCUUCCUUAGGCACGCGCAAUUGUAAUUGUAUGCAGCAUGCUAUCUGGGCAUUUUGAGUUGUUUUUUAAUUUGUAUUUUCUUUGUUCUGGGAUGUAUUAAUGCACUGUUGCCUUGAUCUCUAGAACGGAUGUGAAUGGGCUAGAAAUGUUCUUCAGAAGAUCCAGGAAAACCUGUGGCCUUUUUGUGCUGCUGUACAUUCACUUUUUCUGCUUGUUUUUAGACGAUUAUCUCAGACUCAGGUUUUCAACUAAUAUAAUCACUUUAUUUUGACUUGAAUUGUUUUUGAAGUAAAACUGUGGCAGGUUACAAGGAAGCUAUACAGGGAAGACAAGCCAAAUAUUAUAAACAUGUAGGGCAAUGAUAUGUUAUUUUCUUUCACUUUUUUUAAGCAUGGUCAAAGAAUUGCAGUGUGUCAGCAUUAUCAUAUAUAUAUAUGGUCAUUUUAAUUUAUUUAAUGACUCGCCAACACGCAAAAAACUCAUUACUACAAAUAAUGUAGUAGUUUAGCUGUAUGUUCAUACUAAGACUUUGUCAUUCUGAGUGCACUAACAAAACCAAAAAUACAAGAAACUGUGAUAUCACUCACAGUUAUAAGGCACAAAACGAUUUAUUUCUGUAUAUGUUGUUUCUUAGUGGCAGUAAAGUGUGCUAUUUAUUUAUCAGUUGCUCAUCAAACAUUUCUGAAAGUGUGCUUAUGGAUUUAAUGAAUAAUAAUUAUUCUUGAUUGUAAACACAUAAAUGCAAAUGAAUACAAUUUUAAGGGAAAAUGUCACUUGAUGUGCUGUUCAAUUUAUCAAAUAUAUUUGUAUCGUAUUUUCCACAGUAGACCUCAUUUUUUCAGCAAAAGGUGUGAUAUAGGAACUGUUCGGCAUUGUUACUGCAAUUCAAAACACAUUUCAAAACAAUAAAAGUUCACUUUUAAGAUCGCA